AUGACCGAUGGAGACGAGGCCGAUGGAGGUGGAGCCCUACAUGCAGACGGAGAGCAGAUGGGACCGGGCGACACCGAUGGAGACGAGGCCGAUGGAGGUGAAGCCCUACAUGCAGACGGAGAGCAGAUGGGACCGGGCGACACCGAUGGAGACGAGGCCGAUGGAGGUGGAGCCCUACACGCAGACGGAGAGCAGAUGGGACCGGGCGACACCGAUGGAGACGAGGCCGAUGGAGGUGGAGCCCUCCACGCACACGGAGAGCAGAUGGGAUCGGGCGACACCGAUGGAGACGAGGCCGAUGGAGGUGGAGCCCUGCACGCAGACGGAGAGCAGAUGGGACCGGGCGACACCGAUGGAGACGAGGCCGAUGGAGGUGGAGCCCUACGCGCAGACGGAGAGCAGAUGGGACCGGGCGACACCGAUGGAGACGAGGCCGAUGGAGGUGGAGCCCUACGCGCAGACGGAGAGCAGAUGGGACCGGGCGACACCGAUGGAGACGAGGCCGAUGGAGGUGGAGCCCUACACGCAGACGGAGAGCAGAUGGGACCGGGCGACACCGAUGGAGACGAGGCCGAUGGAGGUGGAGCCCUACACGCACACGGAGAGCAGAUGGGACCGGGCGACACUGAUGGAGACGAGGUCGAUGGAGGUGGAGCCCUCCACGCACACGGAGAGCAGAUGGGACCGGGCGACACCGAUGGAGACGAGGCCGAUGGAGGUGGAGCCCUACACGCACACGGAGAGCAGAUGGGACCGGGCGAAACCGAUGGAGACGAGGCCGAUGGAGGUGGAGCCCUACACGCACACGGAGAGCAGAUGGGACCGGGCGAAACCGAUGGAGACGAGGCCGAUGGAGGUGGAGCCCUCCACGCACACGGAGAGCAGAUGGGAUCGGGCGACACCGAUGGAGACGAGGCCGAUGGAGGUGGAGCCCUACACGCACACGGAGAGCAGAUGGGACCGGGCGACACCGAUGGAGACGAGGCCGAUGGAGGUGGAGCCCUACACGCACACGGAGAGCAGAUGGGACCGGGCGACACCGAUGGAGAGGAGGCCGAUGGAGGUGGAGCCCUACACGCAGACGGAGAGCAGAUGGGACCGGGCGACACUGAUGGAGACGAGGCCGAUGGAGGUGGAGCCCUACACGCAGACGGAGAGCAGAUGGGACCGGGCGACACCGAUGGAGACGAGCCCGAUGGAGGUGGAGCCCUACACGCAGACGGAGUGCAGAUGGGACCGGGCGACACCGAUGGAGACGAGGCCGAUGGAGGUGGAGCCCUACACGCAGACGGAGAGCAGAUGGGACCGGGCGACACCGAUGGAGGUGGAGCCCUACGCGCAGACGGAAAGCAGAUGGGACCGGGCGACACCGAUGGAGACGAGGCCGAUGGAGGUGGAGCCCUACGCGCAGACGGAGAGCAGAUGGGACGGGGCGACACCGAUGGAGACGAGGCCGAUGGAGGUGGAGCCCUACACGCAGACGGAGAGCAGAUGGGACCGGGCGACACCGAUGGAGGUGGAGCCCUACGCGCACACGGAGAGCAGAUGGGAUCGGGCGACACCGAUGGAGACGAGGCCGAUGGAGGUGGAGCCCUGCACGCAGACGGAGAGCAGAUGGGACCGGGCGACACCGAUGGAGACGAGGCCGAUGGAGGUGGAGCCCUACGCGCAGACGGAGAGCAGAUGGGACCGGGCGACACCGAUGGAGACGAGGCCGAUGGAGGUGGAGCCCUACGCGCAGACGGAGAGCAGAUGGGACCGGGCGACACCGAUGGAGACGAGGCCGAUGGAGGUGGAGCCCUACACGCAGACGGAGAGCAGAUGGGACCGGGCGACACCGAUGGAUGUGGAGCCCUACGCGCAGACGGAGAGCAGAUGGGACCGGGCGACACCGAUGGAGACGAGGCCGAUGGAGGUGGAGCCCUACGCGCAGACGGAGAGCAGAUGGGACGGGGCGACACCGAUGGAGACGAGGCCGAUGGAGGUGGAGCCCUACACGCACACGGAGAGCAGAUGGGACCGGGCGACACCGAUGGAGACGAGGCCGAUGGAGGUGGAGCCCUACACGCACACGGAGAGCAGAUGGGACCGGGCGAAACCGAUGGAGACGAGGCCGAUGGAGGUGGAGCCCUCCACGCACACGGAGAGCAGAUGGGAUCGGGCGACACCGAUGGAGACGAGGCCGAUGGAGGUGGAGCCCUACAUGCACACGGAGAGCAGAUGGGACCGGGCGACACCGAUGGAGACGAGACCGAUGGAGGUGGAGCCCUCCACGCACACGGAGAGCAGAUGGGACCGGGCGACACCGAUGGAGACGAGGCCGAUGGAGGUGGAGCCCUACAUGCACACGGAGAGCAGAUGGGACCGGGCGACACCGAUGGAGACGAGGCCGAUGGAGGUGGAGCCCUCCACGCACACGGAGAGCAGAUGGGACCGGGCGACACCGAUGGAGACGAGGCCGAUGGAGGUGGAGCCCUACACGCACACGGAGGGCAGAUGGGACCGGGCGACACCGAUGGAGACGAGGCCGAUGGAGGUGGAGCCCUACACGCAGACGGAGAGCAGAUGGGACCGGGCGACACCGAUGGAGACGAGGCCGAUGGAGGUGGAGCCCUACACGCAGACGGAGAGCAGAUGGGACCGGGCGACACCGAUGGAGACGAGCCCGAUGGAGGCGGAGCCCUACACGCAGACGGAGAGCAGAUGGGACCGGGCGACACCGAUGGAGAGGAGGCCGAUGGAGGUGGAGCUCUACACGCAGACGGAGAGCAGAUGGGACCGGGCGACACUGAUGGAGGUGGAGCCCUACACGCAGACCGAGAGUAG